UUGAGCACCGAUCCGCUCUCCGGCCCCAUCCCGGCGGCUUCGGCACCGCCCCGGCCUGCUGCUAUUGAUGAUGUGGUCAUGGAUAUGCCCACCUGGCGUAAAUGGGUUACACUCUUUGUGGUGUGCUGGAUGGCCUUGCCCGUAACCUUCUCCGGAAGCUCGAUUUUGAGUGCGACAAACGAAGUUGCCGCUGAUUUUGGCGUGUCAACGCACAGCAUCAGCACGGCCAACGCCGGCGUUUUCAUCGCGAUGGCUUUGUCCGCGCUGAUAUGGCUGCCGACCAGCAACAUACUCGGGCGAAGGACGACAUACCUGCUCGCAAACUCUCUCUUGACUCUCUGCUCGAUUGGCUCUGCAUUAUCCAACAACUUGGCUUGUUUCACUGCAAUUUGGGUCAUCGGCGGAACUACAGGGCCGUUCUUUCUGGUGGCGGGACAAACAAUUCUGGCGGAUAUUUUUGAACCCACAACUCGAGGAACUGCGGUAGGAUUCUUCCUCGGAAGUUGCGUUGCUGCCAACACAAUAGCGCCCUUGACCGGAGGUGUCAUCGUUGCCUUCACGAGUUGGAGAAUCAUCUACGGUGUACAAGCCGGCAUGACCUUCAUUGGCCUUAUCCUGGCGUUUUUCUUCGUUCCCAGAGCAAGCGAGCUCACGCACCUGAAGAUUCCGGAGAAGACCCCGGUCCGCUCAGCGAAGGAGGUGGUACAUGCGUUCAACCCGAUGGGCGUCCUCCGCGCCUUCAAAUAUCCGAACAUUCUAGCUGCAAACAUCACAUGUGGUCUGCUGGGUUUCAACCAGUAUGGCUUGCUCAGUUCCGUACGACGCGUCAUCAACCCUCGUUUCGAUCUCACGUCACCAUUGAUCAGCGGCCUGUUCUACUUGGCUCCUGGAGCGGGUUUCUUGAUGGGUAGCACUCUUGGUGGAAGACUCUCCGACCACACUGUUAAGCGAUAUAUGCGCAAGCGCAAUGGUCUGCGUCUUCCUCAGGACCGGCUGAACAGCAGCUUGCCUGCCAUCUUCAUCAUCCUACCCGCUGGGACGCUGAUAUAUGGCUGGAGUGUGCAGAAAGAAGUGGGUGGCAUGGCUCUACCGAUCGUCAGCUCUUUCUUUCAGGGUCUCGGUCUUAUGUGGUCGUUCAGUGGCCUGAAUACCUAUUCAGCCGAGGCUCUUCCCGAACAUCGGACAGCCGUCAUUAGCGGCAAGUACAUCAUCCAGUACAGUUUUGGGGCGGGCGCCGUUGGCGGUCUCGUGCCAAUGAUUGAUGCCAUCGGUGUCGGUUGGGCGUUUACGAUCACUGGCCUCGGGGCCAUUCUGGGUGGCACCUUGGUGUUGAUGAUUGCCAAGUUCGCUUCCAAAGCUCAGAACUGGGUAGACAAAAGCGGAAGUGAAGAUGAUGAUUGA